GUGGCGGCGGGCAGCGGGCGCUGGGCCGCGGCGGGCGACCGGCGGCGCUCAGUAGCGCCGCAGAGCCGCUGCCGACCGCGCGACCGCCGCGUCACGCCCGCUCCGCGACGCGCACUAAACUUCGCAACUACUUCGCGACUCGCUCCGCGAAACAUCUUGUUAAAUUCUGUAACGCCGGCGAACGCUCCCUUGCAGUUUUAAAGUAUAUUAAAGUGAAGUUUCAGUGAAAGUGCUACGCAUUCGGUUGCGCUGCACCCUGCGAGCUACGGGGAAGUGCAAGCUGCGCUCGGACGCUGUAGCAGCGAAUGCUAAUUAUAUACAUUAACUGUUUCGAAAACGCAAGUGUCCCAAAGAAGCCCAGUAAAAGUAGAAGAUGUUUCACAAACUGAAUCUAAUAGCGGGUCACACAACAACAAACUGCAAACAAACCGAAAAUAUUUCGAACUGCUAGUGGAAGAGAUUCAAACAACUUCGCCAGAAGUCCGGUGCGCUAGCGGUAUACGCUACAACUCUAUGAACUUGGUAUCGGCAGUUGUUCCCGAGCCUCUACAACCGAUAUCCGAGCGCCAACCCAACCUGCGUUCGUGCUCUCGGUCCCAACAACUGAUAAAAAAGAAAUUAAACAGAAAGGGGACGAAAGAAAAUCGAGAAACAGUCUGCGAGUUCCGCUGGUUCGUUGUUCAAGAGUAAAGUUGUGGAAGAUGGGCGAAGCGGUGGAAGUAGGCGGCGUCGAGCGCUAGGAUGCACACGGGCGACGCGGUGCGCUGGCGACAUGAACGGGACAGCGCCGCUCGAGUGCUACACGGACCUGGAGGUGUCGGACGCCGACAAGCUCUUCCGAUUCGUCGUCCACGGCGUGCUGCUCAACGCCAUCGGCGCGGGUGGGUUGCUAGGCAACGCGCUCUCCGUGCUCGUGCUCUCCAGGCCGCAGAUGCGCUCCUCCAUCAACUGCCUGCUCAUCGGCCUCGCCGCCUGCGACACUGUGCUCAUCUUCACGUCAAUCCUGCUGUUCGGCCUCACGGCGAUAUACCCGUACACGGGAGCUAUGCGCUACUACUACUACCACAUAUGUCCCCAUAUCACGCCGUACGCGUAUCCCAUAGCGAACGUGGCUCAGACGAUGUCGGUCUACCUCACGCUUAUAGUCACGGUGGAGCGUUGGGUGGCAGUGUGCCAUCCGUUUCGCGCAAAAUCUCUGUGCACUUCGUCGAGGGCGAGGUGGUACGUAUUGGGGACUGCCACUUUUGCCUUUAUAUACAAUGCCCCAAAAUUUUUCGAAGCCGAGGUGGUGCCGGAAGGCAGCCCGGAACUGGGAGAGGUCAUAUAUUGCGUUCAAGCGGACAUGGACUUUCGCACGGACACUUACGUCGCAGUUUACAUACACUGGAUGUACCUGGUCGUGAUGUACAUCGUGCCGUUUUCAGCGCUGGCAGCGCUAAACGCAUGCAUCGUGUUGCAAGUGCAUCGAGCGCAAGCGGAGCGGGCGCGGCUGUCGCGCGUGCAGCGCCGCGAGCUGGGCCUGGCCACUAUGCUACUCGUGGUCGUGUUGGUCUUCUUCCUAUGCAACCUGUUGCCUCUAGUCACGAACGCCUUCGAGGUGUUUCUCGGUGAAGCGUUCGACCACUUGGACCCUCUCGUUAAAACGAGCAACCUAUUAGUCACAAUAAACAGUAGCGUCAACUUCGUGAUAUACGUGAUAUUCGGAGAGAAGUUCAAGAGAAUCUUUCUGAAAAUGUUCUGCGCGGGACGGUUGCGCCGCGGGCGCGACUCCCCCGAGCACACCAGGGACGAUUCCUUCGCGUCCUGUGGAGAGCGGGUGUCCCUCAGAUUAGUGAGGAACGGGACACUGAGGCGGUCGGACCUGAGGUCGACGCGCAUUAACCGCUCGCGGCGCGCGGCGUCGCCGGCGCCCACGGUGUACUACCCCGCGCCCACCACGCCCUCCACGGACGUGUCCAUAGCGUCCCUGGACGGCACUACGACCACGCGGUGGAACGGCAACUCCCGCCUACAUUUCUGACGGCGUGACUCGUAAUCGUAGACAUAACUGAUUCCCACGCAUAAGCGUUCUGUGUAUAUUGUGUAAAUAGUUCAAAUAGGUUAAAUCAAAGUUUUGUGACGUACAACUUGAGCUCAACAUAAUUAAAGAAAGACAAAGACAUGUUUAAUAGACUAGUAUGUAUGAAAUGUGUUACCUCUGAAUAUUGUUUACUUAUUCCAUCGUCCUACUUUUUAAUAUCUGUCGAUAAAUAACAGAUGCGCAGCAAAAAAUCUACGUAUUUGAUCAUAAUACGAACGGAUUUAAGAUGUAUACCCUCGGCAUCAAAAGCCCUUUUUAAAAAAAAAAUUUUUGCACUUUUAGAUUUAAUGAUAUCAUCGUCUAUAUACGGAACGAUUCUUAUUUAAUUGUAAAGAGUGCUCAAUAAAAAUGAAGCGCUAUUGAAGUAGAUACUGCCAUUGAAACAAUUAAUGAUUAAUUAGUUAUAUGCAAUAAUGUUUAUGAAACCUGUAAGGGCCUCUUGACGUGUUCAUUGAAGGCAUAAUCUAAUCCUAUCCUACCCUAAUUGUAUUUGAAACAUUUGUUAAUACCAAGAUUUAUCCAGUGCGAUUUAUGUGUAUAGAAAAUGGAUUUUUGUAAAUAUUUUCAUUUUAAUGAAAUGUGCUUUUACAACAGAGCCCAGACGCCCUAUAAGGGAAGUGUAUAUUGUAUUUUAGAGGUAAUUAUAGAGUUGUCAAAAUUUUAUCCAUACUACAUGUUCGACAUGGUUCUCAAAUAAACAAAU